UUUUUAAACAACAACAAUCAUUUAUAUAUAUUUAUUUAAUGUAAACAGUUAUUAUUAUUUAGAAGAAUAAGCACAAUAAUAGUAAUAACAACAAGAGAGUUAGCGCUGUAGCACCGAGAUGUUGUGGUAACAUGUAGCAGAUAGAGUUUGUUUUCCAGGGUCGAAGAUACGCCGAGGCUGCUGAAACCAUGAUGGCCGCCUUGGUGUGUGGAGCUGCGGUGUUUCCAGGGCUUUUCUUCAGCUUCAGGAAGAUCUUAAAACACACCAGGACGGAGUGGAGCGAAGCCGACGUCACCGUGGUCAGUGAGAGACUGAUUUCUGCUGUCCAUGGGUCGUUGGCCACUGCAGUUGGAGUCACAGUUGUUUCAUCUUGCAGGGAUGUGAUGACUGACAGUCACUGGCUGGUGAACAGUUUUGUCCUGUUUGGAGUUCCUUACAUGGUGUUUGACAUAUACACCAUGUAUCUGAGCCACUUCCACACUGAGAGGAGCAGAGAUGGGUCCGAAGCUCCCAGUGGACACUCGCUGCAGACGGUCAGAGCUUUCCUUCGCAAGGACUGGAUGCUGGUUCUCCAUCACAUGGCCCUGGUUUUUAUUUUCACACCAAUCACACUGUUUUUCAGGAGAGGUUUGGGGGAUUUCUUUAUUGGCUGCAUGUUCAUCACAGAGCUCAGCACUCCCUUCGUCUCCAUAGGAAAGAUCCUCAUUCAGCUGCGCCUCGAUGGCACCAAGCUACAUAAAAUCAACGGCCUCAUCGUCCUACUGACCUUCUUCACAUGUCGCAUCCUCGUAUUCCCCUUCAUGUACUGGAUGUACGGCCGGCAGUUCGGCAUUCCUCUGCACCAAGUGGCCUUCCACCUGCCUCUGCACUGUAACGUGGGGAACCUGGUGCUGCUGGCUCCACAGAUCUACUGGUUCACCUUGCUGCUGAGGAAAGCACAGCGACUCUACCUGAGGCAGAGGAGGCCGCAGGUAAACAAAGAUGUGACGAAGAAAGACUGAGGAGCUCGUUGGUCUGUUAAUUUAAGACACUGAGACCAGAAGUCAUGGCUUCUGUGCCUGGUUUUACUAAAGAUUUAUUUGGACUGAAACUUUUUUACAACAGAGUAAAAAAAGUGUUUAAGAAAAAACAAAAACUAAAAAUAAUAAGAAUAAAGUCAUAUUUUGAAAAUAAGGUUGUAACAUUACCUGAAUAAAGUUGUAGUAAACACAUAAGCAUCAGAUUAUUAGUCAGUCUUUGAUGUGUAAACGAAUUAUUUCUUUAUCUGUAAAACCAGUAUCAAAAUACAAUUCACAAGAUGCUUAAAA